AUGACCUAUGUAACUGAGGAUAUCCGUGUGAACAUACGCAUGACAGUGAUUGAAUUUCUUUUGUUUUCUCGAACAAGUCUACCAAUAGCAGAAUUCUGGCAAAUUUCUUCUUUUAUUGUUCCUAAGUUGCAUUUCAAUUUUUCUCAUCAGCCUUACCUGCCGAAAGGGAUGUCCGUAAGUAUUGAGAUAGCAAAUAGUGAGCGUCCCUUUGUUCCCGGUGAGAAAGUGGAAGGAACACUCAACAUAAACGCUGAGCACCCACUCAAGGCUAAAUCAAUACGCAUCUUUCUUCGAGCUGGCGCUGUAACGGAAUGGUGGGUGUCCGUCUAUGGCAUAGAUUCGGUUCAUGGCAGAAGCGCCAAAGUACUGUACGCUGCAGGUGUUACUUACGCACAGGAGGAACAUUGUCUUUGGGCCCCAGAUGAUAAGGAAAAGAAGGGUACAAUUCCAUCUGGGACUCAUUCAUUCCCAUUCGCAUUCACGUUACCGGCAGACUGUCCUCCAAGCUUUGAAGGUAGGUUUUUAAAAUAAAC